AUGGAAAUAAAGUACCAAAUACAAAACUGUAGGACACCGGGCAGGACAGCAGUGGCUGGCGGCCGCGCCGAAAUGCCCUGCAUCGUUUUUAUUCUGGACACGAGCGGCUCAACUGCCACACAAACCUACACCGGCUUCACAAUUUUCGAACAACAGAAAAAUUAUAUCGAAUCUUUCAUCAGAGUGGGCCACUUGGUUUAUUUGAUUCAAAAUUAGUAUUUUUUAAGCAAAGAAGCAGAGAGCCUCGACCCCAAAACGAUCGCUACAUAUUACUGACAACUUGUGAGAGAUAUCCGCAAAACGUUAAGGUUUUUUUUUCUCUUCUGGUUGCUACACAGAACUGGUGAUUAUAGUCAUCUGGCAAAGAUGGACCGCCUCAAAUUGCUGAGAUUCUGCGAAAGUUGACCCCAUCCGGAACCUCAAAUAUUCAAUUGGCUCUAAUUGACGCCUUCCAGUUCGUUCAUGUAAACCGUGCACAGACAGGUUUUGAAAUCAGUUUUCAAACAAAAACUAUAAAACGGAAACCUAGCCGUUGUUCAUAAAACGAAAAAUAGCAAAAAAGGCUCUUUAGCGAUCGAUAACUAUGGCUGGGGAAGAAUGGUGCAAAACUCGGAGCAAGUGAUUUUCAUAAUGCUUACCGACGGCCCUGGCGCUUCUUCUAUCCCCAAAGAUUUCAAGGUUCAAAUCUCACCAUAUAUCAACAGUUUACAGGGUCAUUUUUCAGUUGGAGUACGAAACUUCUUUCUUGAGAAGCGAUUUGACGAAAGAAGCUUAUCGAUGGGAUCAACGCCUGUUUAUAUGUGUAGGUGUGUGAAGAAGUGUAGUCUUUUAGGAGCGGAUUCAGGUUUUUCGAUUACCUUCGAUUCCUACGAAGGUCCCUCGGUUAGACAUUGACGUUUUGCCAGCUGAAAAGCUGUGCGCGGCAACAGGAGGUUUCUUCUUGUUUCUUUGGUGCUUUAAUGAUAUUUUCAAAUUUUUCAAAUUUUAAUCAGUCUUCCAAGCAAUCCUUAUUGGACGUUCGAUCGGAAAGGAAAUUUUUAAAUUCCUCGUUUAGUUAUUCGUUCAACCAGGAAAAGAAGUUGUUUCUGGUCCAUGGAUCAGAUUCUCAUCAAACGAGAGGAGAGGAAAAAAUUUUCGAGAAUUUCAGGACGCUCGUUCUCCAUCACUUCCCACAAGCAAUUUAUUCCAUCCAUAGAAACCUUCUCAGCGGUUCUCCAACAGCACACGAUCGCAGUACGAUUCGAGCCACUGAAUCCUAACAGUUGGUUCUAUUUCUCACCUUCAAAUGAGCUAAAUAUCAAAAUAAACCGUACUUUUGAAGUCAGAGACCCAUCGGAGGUCGAUCCACUGAGAGCAGUUCGGAUGAAGUAUCGAAAGUCGGUUGAGAUGAAGCCAGUGACACAGUUGGUCAUCAAAUCGAAUGCUGGUGUGCAAUCUGGUUGAAAUUCACUCUAUAUGUAUCCUUUAUAGUUGGCAGACCUGUUCCCUACCAUUGGUGCAUUCCGGAAUCGUUUUGGCCAGUCAAAAACAUGUUAGAAAUAUCUAAAAACCUCGAGAAAUUAUUUUUUUUUUUCAUAGGGACUCUCUUCCACCUCGUAGCGCCCAUCCUGUGAUCAUGCUGGCUCCAGAAGCUGUUCCCGUCUUUGUAAGUAUAGCAAAAAGAAAAGACACAUUUGAUAAAAAGGGUUUGGCGACAAAUUUUUGUUGUUUUCUGGUAUUUGACAGAUAUGAGCAAAAAUUUUCUCCUGGUGUGUUUUGAAUUAUCAGAUCUGCAUUCUCAGCAAGCUUAUAAAAUCAAAUCAAAUCAUUUAUUUUGUUGUUUUAGUCUGAUGUAAUCGACUAGGCGGUGAACAAGAACUUUUAAAGCUAUAACGAACAACCGCCUUUGGCGAGCUAGAAGUCCAAACGUGUAGUCGAAAGAGUUGAAAUCAUGGUCUCACGGUGCUUCGCCUCGUUCUUCUGCGCGUAGUCCAUCCAGUUGCGCCUUGACGAGCUCAGAAUGUAGCGGAUGUUGUGCUGGAGCCCGGAGACCGUGCUCUAGGUGGAAGCCUCAGAAUGAGAGCGACCACUUCGAGUGAAGAUUUUACACGGAAUCUUGAAAAUGAAAUGAAAUUUCCGAAAAAAAAAAGGGUGAUUAUAUACCACGCAUUGGUGUUCGUCGGUUUUCUUUUUGAAUGUUUUCCAAGAGGUUCUAGAAAAUAUUUACUAAGAAACUUCAAAGAAAUAUACAUUUCAGUAACCCUCUUACGAGGCCCCUACACUCUUGCAGUAACUACUGAACGACUGAGAAUCUUGCCAGGAUUUCAGCGUGUUUCAGAUAAAUCCUGAACUUCCGUUUGACAAAAUCGAGAUGGAUCUGAACACGCCGACGAGUGAAUACGUACAGGAACUUCUACAAGGUCGCCGCGACUUUUGUGUACCGGUUUUGAAAAAACGAAAAUGAGUUUGAUAGUUACUACUUUGAGAUGUUCGUCGAAGGGUCGGGCUCGACAGCCGGGUAUGGACAGCCUUUCGGAUGCCUCAAGUCGACCUCCAACGGAGCCGGCAUCAACUUUAUCAUGCUACCUUACAACUUUCCCAUGUUCUAUUCGCUGCAUGAAGACCUCAAGGCGAUUCAACUUUCUCAACUCAUCAAACGCCCUCGUUUCAGGAUCCGUCGGUUAUAAUGAAAUCGAACUGGCGUCUGAAGUUUGACAGCUACCUUGCCGGAAUACCAGUCUAUCAGUCUCCUGUGAGUUUUUCGACCAGCUAUUUCAACAGACAAAAUGUGUGCAGGCUGUUAGAAAAGCUUUCCAAAGAUAUAAAAUUCGCGGUGGUCUUAUGGAGGAGCAGAUUUCAAUGAGCACGAUCUAUGCCCCUGGAUUGGUCACUCUCUUGAGUCGUCUCAAAAAUGCCGUUGGUUUUUUCAUCUUUUUUUUCUCCACCAUGGCCUCGAAAACUAGCCCGUUUCCGUUCUUUUUAGGGAAAAGAAGAGUUUGAUCGUGUGACUACAAUGUGCUCGCUGAUAUUUGAAAGAGAAAUGAAAAAGCCCCCCGAACAGACGGUCAGUUUUUUGCCCAUUUUGUUUCUUCCAUAUUGUUUUGCUAUGUCAUUUCUUCUUGAAGGGACCUUUUCUAGAUUCGUGUUGAGAGAAUAACAUCGAGGACCGGUGUAUUGGGAAUCGUUAGAAAUGACUUUGACGAUGAAUCCAGAGGCUCCGAACUCGAAGAAGUCGAUCCGAAAACGUCUUCUGUGGCUUUCUGUGGAAACCUGACUGUAAGUUUCGUUUUUUAUUGCGUUUUAAACUUCUUUUUUUCCAGAUGCCACUUUCGGCCGCGAAAGUACAGACACCGACGCUCGACAGUAUAUACCGUAACCCGCUGACCGCCUCCACUCUUGAGAUGAUUAACAACCUGACAAGGUAUGUUUACUCUCUGUAAAAAUUAACCAAGAUUAAUAAAAAUUUUGUUAAAGGCUUCAAGCCAACUGCGAAUUAAUGUUGGAUGUCCGAAACGUGAAUAUCCUCGACGGAGCCAAGCCAGGAUUGAGAGCUCGGUUCCACAAUCUUGGUUCUUUGCUUCUUUUUUUUCUCGGCUUUUUCUUGUACCAAAGACUUUUUUCAGAAGAGUUACACAACUUGUCAAUCAGUUCUAUGGGCAACUAUGAUAAUUACAUCAAGGUGAAAAAGCUAACGUCUCUUUUAAAAAUAGAUACAUUUUGUUGAAGACAAGGCAAGAGAUUGGUUUGGCGCCGUUGCGGGAGCUGGAGCCGCCAGUGCGACCUCAGGCCUUCGGGAACCCGUUCAAAGUCAAGAACCUGACGUCGGGAACCGGCAUCGACGAGGUCUGGAUGACACCAAAGCUUGGGUACAUUGGGUCAGCUUCAGGUGAUGGACAGCCAGGCAGACGCCUCGAUGCGACGCGAAAAGCGGGCUGGUGAGAGCAUCAACGACCGCGGCGCAGUGCCUCCGAAAAGAAGGAAAGGACCGCUUGGCCUUGACGCCUUCGUUCGCUGGCGGUUGCUCUUCUGGCGCUCCUUUGAAAUUCAACCUUUUUUCAUUUCAGAGAAGUGCAGAGCAUGUCGUCUGGAGCCGGAUCUGUCGUUUCCUCACUUUCUUUGGAAGAUAAUGUUGUACCAUCGACAUCCAACGGAUCAUCAGUAAGUCUGAAUUUAAAAAAAGGAAUGAAUGUCUAUGGAUAGGAAAUCAUCGAUUACUCGCCUAUCGACGAGGUUGUCACGAAUGGAUUGGACGCAAUAAUUGAGAAAAUGAACCCGAAAAAAGGAGAGGUCUCUUUCACAAUCCAUUUAAAAUUUACCUAACUUUUCCGUUUUAAUGACUUUUUUCAGAGUGAAGAGGAGGUUCGAAAGAAUGGAAAGGUGCCUCCAGUUGUGCAAGAAUUCAAAGAUUUGCCACUGGAAAGUUUAAAAAUACCAAGAGUCGGACAGAAAGCUUUGAGUCUGGAAGAGAUGACUGAGAAGAAGCGUUCAAUUAAUCGAAUCGUGCGACGUCCAGCCAAUGGUUUCUCCUCAAUUUCUUUUAAUCAUGAGCUUUUCCUCCAAUUCAUCGUAUAUUCCAAUUUUUAGCCAAAGCCUAUGAGGAAAUUGUGGCCUCUUUGGCAGGGACGACCGCUGACCAGUCCGUACUUCUUCUUUUCGCCCUCCGCGAGUCGCAACGGUAUUUUCUCAUUUUUCUUUCAAAGAGGAAUUCUGCAACGUCUCUUGAUUAAUUUCGUCGGAAACUUCUGCAAGUCAUCCCAUUUUCAGCUUCAAAUGCAAAAAGCUGACUGAUCGGAUAAAGGCGCGGUUGAAAAACGAAGCCAUCGUGACCAACUCCUAG